CUCAGGUCAGUUCGCUGCAUUUGCGCUGCUCGGAGCGGCAGAUCUGCUCGUACUCCCGCAAUGGUUCGGUUUCUGAGCUUUGACAUCAUGUGUGUGCGUGCGGACUGCGGCGCAGGGAGGGUCGGCUCGGCGACGAUGGCGGAAGACCGAAGCUGGAUGUACACGGGCCGCCAGAGCAGGAAGAAGUUCACCCCCGAGUGGCUGGAGAAGAUGACCGAGUUCUUGGAGCGCGCCUUCCGCAUCCUCCCGCCGGGGCGCCCGGCCAUCGUGCUGUGCCCCUGCGCUCGCUGCGAGUUCAGGCUGUACAGACCGAAGGACGAGAUUCAGCUGCAUCUGUUCAAGAACGGGUUCGCGCCAGGGUACACGGUGUGGGUGUACCACGGCGAGCGCCACAAACCCCAGCCCGCUAAGCCGUCCGACGACCGCCCCAAAGAGAACGGCGAUCUCGACGGGAAGAAGGAUGGCGCCGGCGGCGGCGAGCAAGCGUCGAAGCCGCAGGAGACUAAGGAGUGGGAGAUUUCCCAUCUUGAGGCGUAUGCAAGAGGCCGUCUACCAAAGGGGACUAGUCAAAUGGAGUGGAGCUACCAGAAAUACCUGUGGGAGCAAAAGAAAGCCAAGCUGCAACAGGAACAGAGUGAGCCAAAGGCAAAGAGGCUGGAGUGCAAUGCUAGCCCAAAUUUGCAGCAAUGGUUGCCCACUUCAUGCUCGCGCUGUGUGGAACGGCUCACGUUUGCUGAAGAGGAAGGGAGCAAUGUCGACGUCCCUGAACCUGAAGUUGAAGAUACAGCAACGACAACAGCUGAUGCUCCUGUAGCUAAUCCGGCAAUGACAUCAAACGCGAGUGGAGUUCAGAUCCCAGCUGGACCGACUGCUCGUCCCAAGCGCAAGGCAGGCCCGCCCGGGGGGUAUUCAGGUUCAGAUUGGGUCAAUUGACCCGUGUAACGGCUACUUAGUUUAAAUAGCCCCCUUUAGCCAUUGAUGUACUUGGCGGACAAGAAAUGGGCGGCUAAGGCCGAUCGUAAACACUUGUUGUGUCGGUGGAUUA